CUCUACUGAUGGAUAAACUGUUUGUUAAGUUUGUUGCCUCCGGAUCGCUCCUUCUAUUCGGAAUUGUGUCUAUUUUGCUCCUGACUGUAUCUGUACAUGAAAUAAGAGAGCCUGCUCAGUACAUGUAUGGGAUUGUGCUGGACGCUGGGUCAUCACACACAGCCUUGUACGUCUACAAAUGGCCUGCAGACAAGUUAAAUGGCACAGGGGUGGUCACCCAACACAGCGAGUGUCAUGUAAAAGGAGGAGGAAUAUCUGGUUAUGCAGGUCAGCGAGGAGCAGCAGGACGCAGCCUGGAGGUGUGCUUGAAGCAGGCCGUGCUGGACAUUCCCCCACAUAGACAUCACCUCACCCCAGUGUACCUCGGAGCUACUGCUGGCAUGAGACUUCUGAAACUUAGCAAUCCUGACAAAGCAUCUCAGGUUCUUCAAGAGGUCAACGAAACAAUCAAGUCCUUUCCCUUUAGUUUUCGAGGAGCAGUCAUUUUAAGUGGUCAAGAUGAAGGGGUUUAUGGUUGGGUCACUGUGAACUACCUCCUUGAAAACUUUAUAAAGUAUGGCUAUGUGGGCCGUUGGCUUAACUCCGGGAGAAAAACAGUUGGAGCGCUGGAUUUAGGUGGAGCAUCCACACAGAUCACCUUCGAGACCCCAGAGAGAGUGGAGAGCGAGUUGAACCAUAUGACCUUACGCCUAUAUGGACAUGAGUAUUCCCUCUACACCAGUUACCUAUGUUAUGGUAAAGAAGAGGCUCUACGUAUGAUCCUGGCCUUCUUGAUUACAUCACAGGAUUAUACUGGUAAAAUGGACCAUCCCUGCUACCCAUCUGACUUCAUUAAUUCCUUCAGACUGAAGGAAGUGUUUGACUCGCCUUGCACAGUGUCAUGGAGACCCAAACCUUACAACCCUCAUUCUCACAUCACAGUGCAAGGCACCGGUGACUACCAAAGCUGCCUUGGCAACAUCAAAAUAUUUUCUUUCAAAUCCUGCUCUUUUUCUCAGUGUGCCUUUAAUGGAGUUUUCCAACCAAACAUCAGUGGAGGCUUCAUGGCCUUCUCUGCAUAUUUCUUCACUCACAGCUUUCUCCAGCAAAGCACAGGGAUGAAGAUCAGCACAUCUGCACAGCUAGAGGAGGCUACACAAGCUGUGUGUAAUAUGACCCUAGCAGAGAUGACCAUGAAAGCUCCUGACUUGAAAAAAUACUUGAAGGAUUAUUGUGCAGUUGCGGUGUAUAUACAAGUACUAAUGCUUAGGGGUUAUAACUUUGAUGAGAAUUCUUUCCGAAAUAUAGCUUUUCAGAAAAAGGCAGGUGAGGCGUCUGUUGGCUGGGCUCUGGGUUAUAUACUCAGUGUGAGCAGUCUUCUUCCAGAAGAAUCUGCGGCGAUCCGGAAGGGUUUGUGUCCUGCUGCAUGGACUGGUUUGAUGUUUCUCAUAUCCAUCCUCCUCACUGCCACCUUCUGUUACAUGAUUCUCCUAGUGAUCCAGAGGAGAAAAAGUAAAGGAGACGUCUCAUAACACAGUUUCCUAACACAUGUCUUAUAACAUUCCCUAUUCAACUUAAGCAAUAUCUUUUUUUCUUUACAUGAAUAAUCCA